AGUGGCCUUGGAGUGAACACGUCAGGUAUGCAACAGGAGCUUUUAUUUUGAAAUGCAAAAACCGGAAGCCGCGUCUGAAUGUAACUGCUACGCUACCAAGCACUGUGACGUAGAGGACGUGUCUCCUGCAAAUGAGAGGAGAUAUCAGCCCGGGGACUGUGGCACAUCCUUCGGCUGCAGCGGACAUGGAUUGAUCCAUUAUUCCUGGGGAAGGGGGAGCAGCCGAACCUGGGUAGACCUGAGCGUUAGCCGGAUAGCCAUGGAGGCAGACAGACGAGCCUGGGACUGUUGGAUCACCAAAAACUCUUCACUGUUAAAUCUGAGCAUAUUAUGAAUAGUUAUUGUUAGAAAACUGGUGGUUUCAUCCAUGGAAGUCUGGGAAAUGUGUGCACACGCCCUGAAUAUGUCAGCUGUCUGUGCCCACUCUGCAGAAACCUUAGUUAUUCCAUGCAUCCCUGUCUGCUGCUAGAAAAUCCAAUUGUCACCACAUUUUAUUCUUGGCGCCAUAAAACUGAUUUAAAACUCAUUUAAUACGUAUAGGUGUUAUGUGUUUUUAAGUGCCACCCCCUUCCUUCCUAAAAGGUAUAGGUUGAACUUUGACCCUUGGAGUGCAGUGUUAUCAGCAGAAGGCCCAGCUUUAGUUAUAUGGGAACGAGCUCUGGCCGGAGCAGGGCAGGUGUAGAUCAGAAAUGGGAGGCUCCGCGUCCUGCUGCUUCUCUCCAGGGGAGAGUCCAAAACUCCACAGGAGACACGUGGAUCUGGACGAGUGUCCCAUCACCACCACAGAGGACGUGAGCGAGGACACUGGGACGUACCUACAGCACAUCAGCGACAGGGAGUUACCAGAUGAACUGGCCCAGGAGGCGAACCCAUCGGACCACCCCAGAGCCAGCACCCUUUUCCUCAACAAGUCCCAGACAGAUGUGCGUGAGAAAAGGAAAAGCAACUAUAUGAACCAUACAUCUCCAGGGCUCCUGAGUAAAAAGUACAGUUCCUGCUCAACUAUUUUUAUUGACGAUAGCACAGUCAGCCAACCAAACCUUAAGAGCACCAUCAGAUGUGUUGCUUUGGCCAUAUACUAUCACAUCAAAAACAGAGAUUCCAACCGAUCACUGGAUAUAUUCGACGAGAAGAAGCACCCUCUGUCGAGAGAAAAGGUCCCGGAUGAUUAUUCUGUGGUUGAUCCUGAACACAAACUGAUCUACCGCUUCAUCAGGACGCUCUUCAGCUCUGCACAGCUCACGGCUGAGUGCGCCAUCGUCACUCUGGUGUACCUUGAAAGGCUUUUGACGUACGCUGAAAUAGACAUUUGUCCCUCCAACUGGAAGCGUAUCGUUCUUGGCGCCAUCCUGCUGGCUUCCAAAGUCUGGGAUGACCAGGCCGUCUGGAAUGUCGAUUAUUGCCAGAUUCUUAAGGAUAUGACAGUGGAGGACAUGAAUGAGAUGGAACGUCAAUUCUUGGAGCUGCUUCAGUUUAACAUCAACGUUCCAGCCAGCGUCUACGCCAAGUAUUACUUCGACCUGCGCUCUCUGGCAGAUGACAACAACCUCAACUUCCCUCUGGAGCCACUCAGCAACAAGCGAGCCCAAAAGCUAGAGGCCAUAUCCAGACUGUGUGAGGACAAGUACAAGGACCUGAGCAAAUCUGCCAUGAGGAGGUCCAUGAGUGCAGACAAUAUGGUCGGCAUCAAGAACUCGCAGGCCGUGCUUUCCUGAUCCAGUCUAAAAAGUAUCUCUGAUCUUCCUAACUGGACGGAACUACUGAGAAAGGAUUUUAGAGAAGACAAACAUCCUUGAAAGAUUAAGUGUCAAUUUUAGAGGCUAAAUAUAUAACACUAUAACUUUAUUAAUCAUGUCUUUGUGUUAAGUUAAAAAAACUUCAGUGGUUUUCCUUUCAAAGCAUGAAGAUUUGGUAACAUAUAUCGGAGGAAAAUAGUAUAUAAUGCUUCCUGAAGUUGCACAAUUUUCUUUGUAUUUCAUUUUUUAUUAUAUUUUUGGGGAGCAAUAUCCAGCUGCUACCACCUUGUUCCCAGCAGUAAUUACACAAAAACUGUCAUGAACUACCCUGUGGCGUAGUUCUUCACAUGGACAACAAGACGUUUUGCUUACUGUGUAGGCUCCUAUAGCUGUGAAAUGUACCAGACUUUAUUUAAUUCAAAUAAAUUUCACUCGCUGAUUUUAAGUUAGGUGGAAAA